AUGCUCGCUCUUUCCAUCCUUACAACUCUCCUGGCUAGCUUUGUCACGCUCGGAGCAGCCGCCCCUGCUCAACCUUCGCUGGAUCAACCCGGCGACCUGACCACCGACCUUUCUCAAUACGAGAUUGGGGGAUCCGAAUUUGAGAGGCGUCAGACUUCGUGUCCUCGAUACGAAGUAAUCAGCGCCCGAGGUACUGGUGAAUCUCAAUCCUUCCCCAGGGGCAAUGCCGGGACGGUUCGCGGAAUCUUGGCUGCUGUCCCCGGUGGAAGGAACUACGAGGUCGUCUAUCCUGCAACUAGCAACUUUGCCACCGGUCCUGCCACUGGCGCGAGGGACCUCAUCAGCCGAGUCACUACCGUCCGUCGUACUUGCCCCGACACCCAGUUCGUCUUCAUCGGAUACAGUCAGGGAGCCAUGGUCGUGAUUACCGCCGAGAACGAUGGUGGACUGCCCGAGGGUUCGGUCGCUGCAGUGAUCCUUUAUGGAAGUCCAUACUGGUUGCCCAACCGUCCUGAGAACGCUGGAAGCGCUCGAAGCGGGCGAGGGAUCGCUGCUUUCGGCAGCCGCAACACUACUCCCAGUAGCUACCAAGGCAAGACUCAGGACGUUUGCAACACCGGGGACAACAUCUGCACCGGCUCUGGCAGUAUCGCCGCUCACCUUGGAUACUCGGGAUCCGCUUCCGAGAGGGCCGCCGUCGAGUUCGCCGCUGGAAAGCUCAAUGCUGCGCUCGGUGCCGGUGGAUCUACCCCUACCAAUCCGACUCAACCCCCUACUUGCACUUGCUGA